AUGGCUUCCUUAGCAAGGACACCGCGACUUCUGCAUGGAAUGAAGAAAGCGAUUGCUUCACCUGCACAGUUUUCGGUUACCUCUCGAACUCUGAAGGACCACAGAAAAGACCAAGGCCCUAAUACAGACGUGAUAACACAUACAGGACAGAACUGGGAUCAAGAGGAUCACAGAAGAAUACGCUUCCAUGGAAAAGACAAACUGGUAAACAAGACCUUUGCCCAGGAUUUAGUAGCUGCUGAACCAGUGGUAGUGGUCAAUGAUAGGCAGGUGAUGAGCAAUAGUGGUGGUGCUUUAGGCCAUCCAAGGGUCUACAUUAACCUGGAUGCUGAUAAAGUGUCAGUUUGUGGAUACUCUGGGCGGAAGUUUAUACAAAAGAAAUAUUAUGAUGCUCAGAAGCAUGGAGCCAGUAUUACUUAUGAUGAUUACAUGAAAGAAAUCACAGCUCCUGACUUUUGUGGAUAGUUUAUUAUAUUUAAACCAUUAUGAUUUUGUAAAUGUUGGUGAUAUUUUGUGAAUAAAUGAAACACAUAACUAA